AUGCCCACUUCAUUAAAUAGCCUUAAAACAACAGGAAAACAAAAACUGAGAGUGAAACCACCAAAAAAACAAGUAUUGGACGAACCACCACAUUCGCCAACAAAAAAGAGAGUUGCUUCCGAUCCAAAUUUUAACAACAGUAUUGAAGCAGAAAUACAAAAUGACUUGUCUGCACUAGAAGCAAAUGAAUCGCACCUUUUGAGAAUGUACAUUUCUUCUGGAUACUAUAAAAGUAAACCGUUUCAGAUUCCAGCAUGGUGUGAGUCUAAAAACAGAUUCCUUUGCAAACUGUCAUUGUUUCGUAUAACCCCCAGCGAUGUAUCUAACCACAACGAUGUUAUUUCCCCUUUGGCAAAGGAAUUUGAAAGUUUACUAAGCAAAGUUGCAGAAGAAAAUGCUUCUGAAACUUCUAUUCGAAAUCUACUAUCAAAAAGCCCAAAGUUUGAAAAGAAAGUUUGCCACUCAAUAGAAAUUCAACAUGCAAGGUGGUGUCUUCACCCUUUAUUGUUCAAAGAAAGGGUAUUGAUGGGAUGUUGUGAAGAGCCUAGCGACCUGGAAUUAACAAUUAGGAUGUUCAGCUCUCUUUGUAAUAUGAGUGAUCUUUUUGGAGAUACCAAGACAAAUGCAGGGGUGCAAUUAAACAUGGUCAGAGCCAAUGAAAACUUUAAAGAAUUGAACGAAAAACUCAAACAAUUAAUGUCUGAUAGAAGUGUUACAUUUAAAAUUCCAAAUACAGCUUCAGCAUUUUAUGUUGAGAUGUCAUUUGAAGGUAAAUGUUUGACAGAUGUUAGUGUUGAUUUUGAAAAAGCUGUGAAAAUGAUUGUUCAAUUAUUGGUAGAAAUGGGAAAGAUUCACAUGCUUAAAUAUAUUCACAAUGAUGUGAAAAGAAGUAAUAUAGUUAUUUACAAUGAUUUUACCAAGUUAAUUGACUUUGAACUAGCAAAGAAAUUUGACUUUUAUGAUAGGGAGAAUCAAAUUUGUGAACUUUUUGGUGACAAGGUUUAUUCCAAAGCAGGAACUCCAAAUAUGAUGCCCCCAGAAAAAGAAAAAACAGGAUCUGGUUAUAUUACGCCUUUGACCGAUAUUUAUUGUUUGGGAAUUGUUAUUUCAGAAAUAUUAGAUUGGAAUCUUACAGUUUCUACAUUUUCAGAAAAUCAAAAACGAGUGAUAACCAAGAUACGAGAAAUGAGUUCAAAUAUGCUCCACAAAGAUUCAAAACAGAGAUGGGAUACAGAUCGGUGUCUUGAAUAUCUUCAAUCUGAAAACAUUAUUUCAAAGAAUGAUAUUCUCCAUGAAAAGGAAAAUCAUGGCAGAACUACAGAGUUUGUUGAUAGUGAAAUACAGACAUACCUUGUUGAUAAAUCAAUAAUGUAUGAUUAG